GGGACGUUUGCCUGUACUCAGGACAUUUAGAGUUCAUUAAAAAUAAAUAGGGUUGAUACUGGAGUUUGGAAUUUAGAAGUUCAAGGGAACAGAUCUUUUUAUUUCAGUCUAAAGGAGCAGUUGUGUUGACAACAGCUUAGACAUUCCUGAAGACUCUUCCAGAUUGCCACACUGUAACAAUGAUUCAGCUGACAGCUACUCCCACAAGUGCCCUUAUUGAUGAGCCAGUGCAUAUCCAAGCUACAGGCCUGCCUCCUUCUCAGGUGGUGGUUUUUGAGGCAUCACUGGAAGAUGAAAAGGGGAACCUAUUUCAUUCUCGAGCAUACUAUCGGGCCAACGAAGCUGGAGAGGUGGACCUGGAGCAUGCUUCCUCACUAGGAGGUGACUAUGUGGGAGUCCAUCCCAUGGGUCUCUUCUGGUCCCUGAAACCAGAGAAGAUACUGGAUAGACUGAUUAAGAGAGAUGUUAUGAAUAGCCCAUUCAAGGUCCAACUGAAACUUUAUGAUUCAAAUCUCCUAAUAGUAGAGCUACCCACGGCUACUCCAAAGGCCAGUCUGACUGUUGACAGGUGGUACGUGUCCCCUGAUGUCACACGGAUCCAGGUCCGAGAAGGCCGCCUUCGGGGAGCUCUCUUUCUCCCUCCAGGAGAGGGCCCUUUCCCAGGGGUAGUUGAUUUAUUUGGUGGCACAGGUGGCUUGAUUGAAUUCCGAUCCAGCCUCCUGGCCAGCCGUGGCUUUGCCUCCUUGGCUUUGGCAUACUUUGACUAUGAAGACCUGCCUCCCACCAUAGAGGAAGUAGACUUGGAGUAUUUUGAAGAAGCUGCCAACUUUCUCCUGAGACAGCCUAAGGUCCUUGGCCCAGGCGUUGGGGUAGUCUCCAUAUGCAAAGGAGCAGCCAUUGGACUCUCCAUGGCAAUUCACCUGAAACAAAUCACAGCCGCUGUACUCAUUAAUGGGCCUAACUUUGCUGUUGGUGGCCCACAGUUAUAUCACGAUAAGAUCAUUCAGCCCUUGCCCCCCAUCCCACAAUUAGUAUCCACAAAUGCCUUCGGGUGCGUAGAGUUCUAUCGCGUUGUAGGAAACCCCCUAGAUGAGGCCAAUCAGCCUUUUCUCCUUCCUGUAGAAAAGGCGCAGGGACAUCUUCUCUUCAUUGUGGGAGAAGGAGAUAAGAAUCUUAAUAGCAAAGUAUAUGCUAAGCAAGCCAUAGAACAGCUGCAGAGACACGGGAAGAACAACUGGACCCUACUGUCUUAUCCAGGGGCAGGCCACCUGAUAGAUCCUCCCUAUGCCCCACUGUGCUAUGCCUCAAGCUUGAAACAACUCCCUGUCUACCUGAUCUGGGGGGGAGACGUAGCCUUGCAUGCAGCUGCACAGGAGCAUUCUUGGAAGGAGAUCCAGAUGUUUCUCAGGAAGCACCUCAUUCCAGAUGUGAGCAGCCAGCUCUGAGAAGAGUAGUUAUUCCUGGAAAACAGAGAAGUAAAUCUCUUUACCAGCACCUUCCCUCUAUUUUCAUAGAGCUAUGUCUUUAAUUUCUCAUUGUAAGAAGGCAGUGAUAGGAAGAAAAGUCAAGAGGACUGAGAAUGGUAAUGUCUUCAUUUUGGCAAGGGAAAAUUGGUUUCUACAUAACCCAAUAUUAUCCAUUGAGCAUCCUGUAUUUGUAGAAAUAAACUUAGCUCCAAAAUAUUCCAGGUUAUAAUGAUAGUGAUUCUCAAGGGAAAAAAUCACAAAUAAUGAACUACAGCAGCCCCUGGCUACAAAAUAGACAUAAAAAGAAUCAGGGGCUGAUAGUUGAUUUUCUAAAACUUAAAAUAAGUUUGCUUGGAUCUCUCAUAAUUGACAAUAGGUUCAUGACUCAUGGUCACUUUCUAGUUACUGGAAAACUAAGGCUGGGUGAUGAAUACACAUUAUUUUGAGGCAAUAUGGAAGCUGAUAUGGAGGUAACAUCAUUUAGUCACUCUACAAUCAAUAAUUUAACAAAAGCUAGUAAAACAAAAUAUUUUUUUUUAUUGUUGUUUAAAUGUGUAAAAUAUUUCAGUAAUGAGAGAGGAACACAGAAUUACAGCUGGGGGAAGCACCCAUGAAGGUAGAAUUGUGUGCCUCUAGAUCAGGGCCUGAUAAAGCACCAGAGAGCAAAUAUUUCAGCUUUGUGGGCCAUUCAGUGCCUGUCACAACUACUCAGCUCUGCCACUGUAACACAAGAGCAGCCAUGGACAGUAUAUAAAUGAAGGAUUAUGGCUACGUUCCAGUUAAACUUUGCUUUGAGUGUCACUGAAAUUUGCAUUUCAUGUAAUUUUUACCUAUCACAAAUUAAGAAUUUUCUUUUGAUUUUUUCCAACCAUUUAAACAUGUGAAAACCAUUCUCAGCUAAAAAAAACAGGCAGCAAGCCAGAAUUGGCUCACAGGCUGUGGUUUGACAGCACUGGGUAAAGAGCAAUCCAAAUUAACUCAUCCAAGGUCAAAUCUGAGUUAUCUUCUCUAAAGGGCAAGUUACAGACCAAGUAUUCCUGAAGCUACUGAAUUGCAAUAGAUAGAAAUGGAAGAUGGUUGGCAGAUAAUCAAGGUGAAGACAAACCAAUAGAAAAGUAUUUUGGGCCAUUUUCCAGGUGUGACAGGGAGCCAAUUAAGAAUUUAGAGUAGUGGAAGCAACAUGAGGGCAAUUCAGUUGUGUCUUCCUAAUCCCCUUCCUUCUAUUUGCCUUGUGAUACUCACUCUUUCUUGCCGUAAAAGCCUUUUAUUUGCUUGAAGUGAGACUUGGAGCCUCCCUCCUCCCUUUCACAUAGAAGCGGUGACUUCUAUGCUCUCUUGACUACAAUGAUCAUGUAAUUGCAAUGGCUAAUACCUUCAGUUCAGUGUUAUAUAAUAAUUGUGAUAAUGAGUAUAAUUUUUCUUGUUUCCUGUUUUGGGCCUUAGGAAGAAUGCCUUUUGUCUGAGGUAUGAUGCCAGUUGUUAUCUAUCUCUUGAUUUAUAUUUUAUGGAGUUGUUUUUUUAAUCAAGAAUUUUUCAAGUGCACCAGUAGAAAUGAUUGUGUGGUUUUUCUCCAUAGAGCUAUUAAUAUGAUGAAUUGUAUUUCUAGUAUUGAAUCAUCUCUGUAUUUGUGGAAUAAAUCUCACUUGGUCAUGAUGUAUUCUUAAAAAAUAUUAAUAAAUCAAAUUGAAUGUU